UAAUGAUCUUUCUGCGCAUGGAUAUUUAACUCCCUCUAGUGCUAUUUCGUGAAAGUUUCGUCAACGUCAAUGUCGUGGUGUUUGUAAAUGAAUUGUUGAUUUUGGUUAAUAUAUUUUUAUUAAUCAACAUGUCUUUAGCGAGCUUAUUGCCAACGCCCAGUCAAGUUGUUUGGGAUCGAGAAGAUGAAGCUCGAGAACAAAAACUUAGACAACGACCUGUAUCAGCUUUGGUCAAAGCUGUCGUUACAGCUCCACCUUAUGGUCAACGAAAAGGAUGGAUUCCUCGAAGUGAGGAAGACUAUGGAGAUGGAGGAGCUUUUCCAGAAAUCCAAGUGGCUCAGUAUCCACUUGCAAUGGGAAUGAAAGGUAAAGAAUCAACGAGUAAUGCUCUUGCAGUACAACUAGAUGCUCAAGGAAAAGUAAAAUACGACCUUAUAGCAAGACAAGGACACUCAAAGGACAAAAUUGUCUACAGUAAACUAAGCGAUCUUCUACCAUCAGAAAUAACAAAUGAAAAUGACAUUACCAUGCAAUUGCCUACCGACGAUGUUUCAGAAGAACUAAGUCAAAAAACUGCCAAGGCUUUGCAAAAUAUUAUAAGUUCUAAAGUAGCAGCAGCCAUGCCUGUUAGAUGUGCAGAAAGACAAGCACCUGCUCAAUAUAUUCGAUAUACACCCUCUCAACAAGGUCAAUCUUUUAAUUCCGGCGCAAAACAAAGAGUUAUUCGUAUGGUCGAAGCUCAGGUUGAUCCACUUGAACCUCCUAAAUUCAAAAUCAAUAAGAAAAUUCCAAGAGGUCCACCAUCACCUCCUGCUCCAGUACUUCAUUCACCAACGAGAAAAGUUACUGUUAAGGAACAAAAGGAAUGGAAAAUUCCUCCCUGCAUUAGUAAUUGGAAAAAUGCUAAGGGAUAUACAAUUCCACUUGAUAAACGUUUGGCUGCAGAUGGUAGAGGAUUACAACAGAAUCAUUUGAAUGAAAAUUUUGCAAAAUUAUCCGAUGCACUUUAUAUCGCGGAUAGAAAAGCACGAGAAGCUGUAGAAAUGCGAGCACAACUCGAGAAGAAAUUGGCACAAAAGGAAAAGGAGAAGAAAGAAGAUCAUUUACGACAACUUGCUCAAAAAGCACGUGAUGAACGUGCAGGAAUAAAAACAGCAGCUGUUUUAGACAAAUCGGAAGAUAUUCGCGAGAGAGAUCAAUUAAGACAAGAACGUCACAAGGAUCGCGCUCGUGAAAGAAAUUUAGCACGUGCCGCGCCUGAUAAGCGAUCACGUCUUCAACGUGAACGUGAACGCGAUAUCAGUGAACAAAUUGCCCUUGGAAUGCCAGCGAAAAAUAUUAAUUCCGGUGAAUCGCAAUUAUUUGAUCAACGAUUAUUUAACACCACUAAAGGAAUGGACAGUGGUUUUGGACACGAUGAUGAAUAUAAUGUCUAUGAUAAACCAUGGAGGGAUAAUUCCAUUAGCACACAAAUUUAUCGUCCUGGGAAAAAUAUUGAUAAAGAUAAUUAUGGCGAUGAUAUGGACAAAAUAAUAAAUACAAACAGAUUCGUGCCCGAUAAAGAAUUUAGCGGAACAGAUAGAGCUAAUCCACGUCAAGGUCCUGUACAAUUUGAAAAAGAAGAAGAAGAAGAUCCAUUUGGUUUGGAUCAAUUCUUGACACAAGCUAAAAGAGCAAGUGGAUCUAAUACAACUGUUAAACGUAAAGAUGAACGUGAUCAGCGAAGAGAUGAUCGCGAUAAACGUAGAAAGCAUUAAAAAAAACUUUUUCAAAUUAAUAUUGGUUCUGUACUUUUAAAGUAAAAAAUUAUUGUCUAUUUUUUACGAUAAGGCACAAAUAUUAGCAUCUAAAUAAUAAUAGUCAAUAAUUAUUAUUAUCAAUUUUAGAUGUUUUAAUUUAAAAAAAAAAUAACAAGGAUCGCUAUUAAAACCAUAAAUUUAAAGAAAAUCAUUUUGAUUUUUUCUGAUUAAAAUACAUACAAAUAUGUAUUCUAAUUUAUAGUUGUAAGUUCAGUUUUUCACUGUAUGUUCAUUUUUCAUAUCAAAAAUUAAAAAGUAUGUAUGAAAGAAAAGUAAAUAAAUAUAUAAGUUUAGAUAUUAA